UCUUCCAGCGUCGGAGCUCAGCUUAUAAAACAAGCCCGCCGCCUGCGCAGCCGAAACAUUACAACAAACGUCACGCGCAAGUUAAAAUAUCCUCAACCAAAAAUGAAAGUGUUCGCGCUGUGUUCGAUGCUGGCCCUGAUCCUGGCCGGUGCUCAAGCCCUGCCCCAGGGCCGCGAGGGUGCCGCCUACACAAACGAAGCCAUUCGACAGGCACAGCAAACCCUACUCAUACCCAAGGAUGCCCAAAUACAGAAUGUGCAAGAGGGCAUUGAGCUCGGUGCCUACGAGCAGAUACCCGGCAACCAGCGCAUCAAUCUCUUUGAGAUCCUGGGCGAUCAGGUGCCCUCAGAGGUGAUCAACAAUCUGCAGGCCCAGGUCGAUCAGAUUGGACGCAAUUAAGAUGUAAGACUUUAUUUGUUAGAUCAUUUCCAUUUCGCAUCUUUUGUUAAGUUUCCAAAAUAAUAAAAAAAACCAAAACAAAAAUGAAAGUAAU